UUGUCAACAUGGCUCAGGGAAGCAGCAGAGGUGUAGCUAGAGUUCUUUGCAAAUUAAAGUCCUCCGUAGAGGAAGGCAGGUAUUAUGAGGCGCAUCAAAUGUACAGGACGUUGUAUUUUAGAUACUGCAGUCAACAGAAAUAUGAUGAAGUCCUCGAUUUGUUGUAUGAUGGAGCAUCUCUUCUUUUGCAGCAUGAUCAACAAACAAGUGGUGCUGAUCUUGCGUUACUAAUGCUUGAUGUAUUAGAGAAAUCAAAAACUAAAGCUACAGAACAUCAUAUAACAAGAAUAGCGAACUUAUUUGAACUGUUGAAUAAUGGAACACCAGAACGACAUCAAUAUCUAGUUCAUGCUGUUAAAUGGUCAUGUGCAGAAACUCAUAAACUUGGCCAUCCAAGAUUACACCAACUACUAGCACAAACUUUAUGGAAAGAGAAAAAUUAUGGCUCAGCAAGAUAUCACUAUCUGCGAUCAGAGGAUGGUGGAGGAUGUGCUGAUAUGCUAGUAGAAUUACAUUUAUUGCGUGGUUAUCCAUCAGAGGUUGAUCUAUUCCUUACACAGGCUGUUCUUCAGUACUUAUGUCUACAAAAGAAAGUAGAAGCCUCAGAAGUAUUCGAAACAUAUACGAAAAAGCAUCCCAACAUAACUAAGCAACGUGGACCACCAUUUCUUCUGCCCCUACUCAAUUUCUUGUGGCUUCUAUUAUCAGCAAUAGAAACGGGAAAGGUGAUGCAGUUUACUGUGUUGUGUGAACAGUACCAGCCAAGUCUUAAAAGAGAUCCGUUAUACCGAGAAUAUUUGGAUCGCAUUGGUCAACUUUUCUUUAACCUUCCUGCCCCACGACCUCAACAUGGGCCCGGGGGUAUAUUUGGAAAUUUACUGCAAGGGUUGCUUGGAGGUGGACUUGGAGAUGAUGAUUCUGAGGAUGAGGUUGGCAUGGAUGGUUUGACAUCACGGCAACCCCUCACUUCCGAAGAGUUAGACUAAUAUCUUGGGUAUUUAGGGAAUCUGUAACAGAUUUAUUGCGUGUCAUUUCUGUGAGUAUAUAAUAAUGGUGAAAUCUUGUUCCUUUUUCCUUUCAACUAAUUGUACAGUAUGUUAAGUUAGGAAAAGGAAAAUAUGUUCAUUGAUGAAAUGUACUGUAUAUGAAUAUUUUUUUUCAGUGAGGUUAGGUCAUUGCAGAAAGAUGAUGAUCUAUGACUGAUGUUUAGAUCAUUGCAGAAAGAUGAUGAUCUAUGGCUGAUGUUUAUUAUUUCUAAUUUAGAAUAAAAGUUCAGUAAGCACAUUUUCAUUGAGAUUAUUCAUAACAGUAGUUCGCUUAUCACCAGUGAUAAAUCUAAUUUUACUGAAUCCAUCCAUAAUGACUUUGUUACAUGGUCUCGGCAUGCAAGCAUUGUCAUGUCAUUUCAGGCUAUUAGUGAACAAAUUCUCUUUGACAUGUUCAAGCUGGUAUGUCUCAGAUGCUUACUGAAUGAAAUACUAUUCAAUGUAUCCCUGUUUAAAGUCAUAAGCCAAUAUUUUUCUUAUCUUUAGUCAGUACCAAAGAGGAUACAGGAGAAAGGUGGUGUUUAUAAUAUAUUCAAACUAGAGUUUCUUGUGGAAUGAAAGCCAGUCACUUAAUGAUUAAUUUUACUUGCACAUCAUAAACUUCUGAAGAGCCUCAAGUGUGUGUGUGUUUAAUUUUUUUUGCUUUUUCUUCAUGUACAGUUUCUUACUGAUGAUUUUAAAAAUGCAGGUGUGUGGUGAUAUUUAGUCAAGUCUCAGUGUCUUAGGUAACACUGAAAAAAGCAAUUAACCUUUGGUAGGAUGACUGUUCAUACCAUUGUAUGAAAAAAACAAGCUAUAACUAAGCUUGAUUUUGUAAAUUUUUCCCAGCUACAAAUAAUGCUAUUAAUUUUUACUGUAAUAGGACUUAUGCCUACAUAGAGAUUUAUCAUCUGGAAUUUAGAAGUAUGAAAGAUAUUACUUGGGAUAUUCAUAGGUACAUGCUCACAUUUCUUCAUUUUUUAAUUUUGAAGUUUGGGAUAUAAAAACACUUAAAAGGUCAAAUGAGGAGAUGAGUGGUUUUUCUUUGUCACUUUUUAUCUCUCUUGAUAAAUGUCAUGUUUAAAGUGAGAAAAUAAGUAGUACAGUAAUAUUCAAAGCCUUACAUGUCUAAAAGCCUUACAUGUCUUUACUCAGUACAACCUUUUGAGUGUAUUUUGGCGUUAAAUAAUUUAAAAUAAUUAUUUUCUCUUUUGUACUGUAUUUACUUUUAUUGCCUAUGUAGGCAACUUCAGCUUCACAGACUGCCAUGUGGCUGAAAUGGCUCAAGUAGAAGUUUAAAGGGUCUUUAUUUCAUGCCCUUACUGUAUACAUGUUAUUUUUAAUAAAUCAACGUAUUUCCUUUAUAAUACAUUCAGAAAAUAUCUUUUAUUUAAUUUUGAUCUUGUCCAUGUCAACAUGUUUAUUGCCUCAAUCAAUGCUUCAUUUUGGUUAAAUGAGAUCAGGAUUAAGAUGUCUGUGAAUAAUAGAGCCCUGCUAUUUUUGUUCAUUAGUUUUUCACGUUGGAUUUCUUAGUUAUUUGAAUAGCAGUUGUUAACUAUACCAUGUACCACUGAGAUAGGAUCAUAUUGCCAAUCUAGGAAAGAAUAUCAGAAUGCUAAACACCUCAUGAAAUGAUGAAUAUUAGCACCAAGUACGUACAUCACUCCCAAGUUUGAAAAGAAAGUUCUACUGGCUUGUGUAAUGUGAAAAUCAUUUAACCCUAUCUCUCCUGAAUAAAAUUUUUUUGCUUUACUAAAAUCUCUCAGGUAUACUUGUAUUUGCAUGCUUUUGGCCCAAAAUCAUUUUGCAAGCAUAUACAAUAUUCCCUUGGAUGUGCUCAGGUGGUUGAGAGGUAUCACCUUGCAUCCUUCUCAGAUCUCUUGUCCAUGAUUAGCAGACACCGAGGCAUCUUGUAGCAUUCCAAACUUGUAGAGCUGCUUUUUUACAUAAAGUUAUUAAGCAUGAUUUUACCACGUUUUUGGCUAUUUAGAAUAUUAAAAUAUUGAAGACAGUUUCCAAUCAGAAAAACAAUAGACCUAGUAGUACUCCAUCUUCAUCAGUGCUGCUUUGAGAUUUGUGGAACAGAAAUUAGUGUAUGAGCAUACAGUUGGCAUAACGUUCAGUCUAUCAUUACUCAACUGUUAGUUGUAUAAUAAUUCAUAUCCAUUAUUUUGGAAGGUCGUUAUCCGUAGAUAAAUUAACAAGUAUUUUGUGAUAGUUUGCAUACACAGUACAUAUUGCACAUAAGUUGUUGUAUCACACUUUGACUUGUUCAUUGUUGCAGUAUUUGUUUUAAUUCAAAUUGUGAUUGGUCUCCCAGAUACUGCACCUCUUAAAUAGUAUUUAUGAUAAUUUGUCAAUAGUAAAUUUUGAUACUAUAUAUUAUUUUUCAUAAAGUCCAAGCCUAAAGGAUAAUUUACAGAAUAAUCUGCUCAUCUGUGAAAAAUAUGAAAAUGAAAUAAAAAUGGACUGAGCAAACAUGUACAUGAACAGCAAUACAAGUCAGAUAAUUGAGGCAACAGUGCUUGGUACUUGAGUUGUAGCAUUAGUCUUAUUAAAAUUUAAUGUAUUUUCAAUGAUAUUGUCAGAAAAACUGAAACUAUUAUAUGGGACUGUUUAUAACCAGAAAGAACAGUAGGUACUUCUACCUUUGCCUGAAAUAAAAUUAGGGAUUGGGAGAGCCACCCAAGCCAGAUAGAACAGGUGCCCUGCUCUGCUGAUUCUGUCAGGUUAAGUUAGCCUUCAACCUUGUGAACUUGCCUUUCUCUGUUAGAGAAGCAAUUAAUAUUAAAAUUGCUCUCAACACAUCCACAACCUUAAAAAAAACAUGCCUUGUUUUAUCAGGGAUAACAUGUAAAACUCCAUUUUUCACUGUAAACUAUGUUAAAAAAUUGAAAAUUGUUUAAAGCACUUUGUUCAUUUACUAAUUUCAUCAUGACUUUUGUAUGAUUUUCUGAAUAAUAAAUCAUACAACCCCAUGAGCUUUAUGAGGAUACUAUUUGGUUGUAACCACAAAUAAGAUUGGCAGAACAUUAAACUGUAUAUGACACUACUAAUUAUGGCAUAUGUAAAUAAAGAGCAACAUUAACUACUAGUGUCUAGGUAACUGUUCAUUUGUGACAGAAGUGGCAUAGAAGAAAAGGUGUACAAAUUAAUGAUGUAAGGAACUAUCAAAGUACCUAACAACAUAGAUUAUUAUAGGCACUUGAAAUUAUUAAACAGUUGUAGAAAAAAAGAUCUGAAGCUUGUGGUAUUAUCAACUCCGUAAAUAUGAGAAGUCUAAUUAAAACUAUAUUCCUGGCAUUGAUGAUAAAAUAGAUUGGGUUAAAGGUAAUGUAAGUAUUGUCAGUUAUUGAGAAUCGUGUAGUAGUGAUAAUAAUGAAAAGCAAAUUUUUGUCGAGCUUAAGUAAGCCCUAUAAAGGUAAAUUUUUUAGCACCCUUACAGAGCACCGGAAGGGUGGAGAUUCACCUGUAAUUGUUACAGGAGAACUUGAUCAAUCUUUAAUAAUGUGUGUUAUUGCACAUUUUAAACUUGGAAAAAAUCCCUUUAAAAAGCACUACCAUUCAUGAUGCCACAUGUUAAAGCUUUUAGCCUUGUUUUGUAUACUUUACUUAAGAAAUAUAUGGGGGAUGCACUCAUGUCACAGGCUAAAGGAAUAUUUGUAUAGUAAAAAUUUUGUAGGUCAUUGUAGGCAGUCCCCGGUUUACGAUGGGGUUCCGUCCCCAGUGGCAAGCUGUCAGCUGAAAAUUGCUGUAACCCAAAGCAUUAUAAUUAUGAUGGGAAUAAAUAGCACUUACAGUGGCCAUUAGUGGCACUGUAAGUGCCAUAAGUCCAGGUAAUGGCAGAGUAAAUUCCACUUACAGUGCUGAAAAAUCAGGGUUAACGGCACCGUGAGGCAAGUGCUCUAAGUCUGGAAUGAUGUAACCCGAACCUGAUGUAACCCGGGGACUGCCUAAUGAUUUUCUUUAAAGUUUAUACUACUUAAAGUAGAGUGCAUCCUUACUUCAGUAAAAGAUGUUAUAAACACAUGGCAAAGACAUCAAAAACAGGUCAAAUAUAAGUUUAAUAACAUUGCUUCAUAUGAGGUUAUCCAGCAUUGGCCAAUGGUUCAUUAUCCAAUAAAGGUCGUUGAUUUACUUUCAACCUAUUUGUGAUUUGUAAGAUAAGUUGCUGCCAUGUGUUUGAUGUUUUAGUGUAGUGUGGAUGCACUCAGCUAGGUAAUUUCCAUGUGUAUUUAGUAUAGCUUGAAUUUUUAUAGUUCAUAUAGUACUUUGAUUUUAAAAUAUUCCACCUUAAGAUAUUCAAGAUGUGAGAAUGUACCUACGGAGAUGAAAAUUUAAGUUUUUGUCUCAUUCCUUUAAGUAUUAAAAUGUAAGAUUAAAGUCAAGAAAUAUUUUGAUGUUUGAGUAGGCUAUUAAUGGAAAUGUUACUGGGAAGCUAAUGUGAGUGAUAGGCAUAGUCAAGUAAUACAAUUUUGACUUGAGAAUUUAGUAUUCUGUGUAUUAGUGCAAAAAUAAGGUCCCGGGGGCUGAUAUGCACUUGUCAUGUCAGAAUUUGAGGUAGAGGCUGUGAAAAUUUUCAAAUAGGUGAAAGAUUGGAGAAGAGGGCUGUAAUGACUGUGAAUAAAAAGCUUUGGUAACUGAAAAGGAAGCAAAGGAAAAAGUACAGGUAGGAAUAUGACCAUGUGACUGCUAUUGGAAAGGUGAGGUUGUGAACUCACUGUUGUUUUGAAUGUAACAGAUAGCAUCACAAGAGAUAGACAGGAUAAUGAAAUAUAUGUAGAGUGUAUUAGAAGGGCUGGUGGGGGAAGAGAUAGAACCAAAGAACCAAGUUAAGGUAGUCUGGCAGGUCGUAGAAGUAAUAGAACAUGUUUCUGAUGUGUUGAUGAAAUAGAAAAGAUAGAGAGAUCAGUGACUUGUUUCCUAUCUAAGGCCUGUACUACUCAAUGCAGUGGACCAGGAACUGAUGAAGAUGAUCUAGAUAAUUAAAAAAAAGUGGUUAAAGAUUGUUGAUUCAUGGCCAAAAUAGAUAGAAAGGUUGUAUUAUAAAUGGGGAAGUAGCAGAGGAAAGCAUCAUUGAGAGGCUGGAAAAUAGAUAUGAGAUGGUUUGAACCUAUGAUGAGAAGGUAUGAGGAACAGUUUGUCAGAAAACCCAUAGAUGUUGAGAUAUUAAAAAGAAAUUUUUUAGUCUUUUGUUUUGAUUUCAAGUUCAGGCCAUUGUGAAAAACACAUUAAAGUACAAUACUGGUUGAAACAAAUGGAUUGGGUUAUCAGCUGUCAUAAAUCUGUAGUGAUGUAAAUCUUGAUAUCAUCAUUAUUUUAAGUAUUGCCAGACUUUCCAUUGACAGGGUUAGAUGUUUUUUGUGUAGUCCACAUUUUGCCAGAAUGUCCAUAGUGUCAAGGUCAUCACUUACGAUAGAUCUGGCCCUUUUGUAAUUGCUAGUCUUGUGUGUCAUCAUCUACCAAUAUGUUGACAGAUUUGCCUCUGAAAUAAAAAUAAGUCAUUCCAUCUAGUAACCAUCAACAUUAUAAUAUUGAAACUGCCAAAAAAUGUUGGCAAGUAUUUUUUUUAUUAAAUAUUUUAACCAGGUAACAAUUUGAGGGCUUGUCUGAAGGGUUUUUUCAUUACAAAAAACUAAGAUUAGAAGAAAAAUAAAUAACUUGAACAGCUUGAGAGAAAUAGAUCAAAGUAACAAGCAGAAAGGAAUGUAUUUGGGUUUAAAGGGUUGCUGUUAAGAACCUUAAUAUUUGUCUCAAGUGUGCCAUGCAAGGCACACUGCAAGUGGUACAGUUCGGAAAGCAAUAAUAAAAAAAACAAAA